AUGGUGGCAGAGACGGUGGAGAAGACACCAAGUGAGACAGUAGGAGAGACAGUGGAAGAGAGCACACAGGAGACAGAGGAAGAGAAGAGCACACAGGAGACAGUGGAAGAAUCAGUGGACAGGGCAGGAAAGAGAAAAGCUUGUGGAGCAGCCACUUAUAGACAGGAGAAUUCAUGUGCCCAUCAAGGUGUGACUGAUGUCAACAGGCAUGUUAAAAGCAAAGGGCAUCAGUCCAAAGAACAGGCACUUCAGUCAGCAAGUGGGAUUGCAAAGUUUUAUGCUCCAGUUUCUGUUGGUGGCAUAACAGAACAAGAGAGCAAGACAAGGAGAGCUGAGAAAAACGCUAUUUCAUGGGGUAACUGUGCAAGUCUGUCCAUUGACAAUGCACCUGUCAACACAGGAGCAAAAAAUUCUAUUUCAUCAAGAGCACUCAAUGAAAAUGGAAACAUUUACAUUCAUGGGUGCCCCUGCCACAUCAUCCACAACACGGCCAAACAUGCUGGGCAGAGGUUUUUGGAUGUAACUGGAUUUGAUCCAGAGGACCUGUGUGUGGAUGUUGCAUACUGGUUUAGGGGAAGCACCAACCGUAAAGGAUAUCUGUCAGAAUUUUGUGACCUCCACGAAAGUGACUAUAUGGAAAUGCUACAGCAUGUUUCCGUUCGAUGGUUGAGCCUGGAGAGCUGUGUGAAUCGCAUUCUGCAGCGGUAUGAGCCACUCACUAGCUACUUCAAGUCCUUAGAUGAGAAACAACCAAGGUUCCGAAGGCUGGUGGAUGCAUUUUCCAACCCACUUACGGAAGUGUACCUCCUCUUUUAUCAAGCAACAUGA